AACUCCAUCGUAAUAUGAACGGUCGCUGGGCGCUCGCGUACGCCUUGGCUGUGCGGGAAGGCAUCGCAAAGGCGACCCUUGGCGGAAGUAAUCAUGGAGAUCGGGGCCCCACCAUCUGUCGCCGUUACUACUCCUCCCCGAGCUCGUCAAGCGCCUGCACUAGCAUUCGACGUCCACAGUGCGGUUUCCGUGCAAAUCUCGGCUCCCCAGCGCGCUCUAUUGCCCUGCGAUGGACGUAGGUUUC